UCAUGCUGGAUCUUUCUGGCAAUACAUUCUACAUUUUGCCUCUGAAACUUUCCAGCUCUGAAAUUGAAGAGGUCAAGAAGGACAUAAGAGGCCAUAAGGGGGUGGCGGUCAGUAGCAUUGGAAUGCAUCGCGCCAAUGUCAUUCUCACAUGUGUUCAAUCAGCGCACCGUCUGGAAAGGCAUAUAAAGACAAGGCAGGCGAAGGUUGUCAGCAUGGAGUGGCUUAAUUUGUGCUUGGAAAAGGAGCAAUGGUUGCCUAUGGAAAAAUACGAAAUCCAUCUUCCCAAACUGCCGCCCGAAACCAUCCCCAUUUCUUCCGACGAUGAAGCGCCAAGCUGCAGCCUUCCUACUACUCCCAAGUCCAAUUCUCCCUCUCCUAGUAAUUCAUCUCUCGCACCGAGCGCCCCACUACAAGCCAGAUCCCUGGAAGCCAUUGGUCUAGCGUAUUAUCGAACCCUCUCCAUCUACAGUCAAGGCCGAAGAAGCACCUACUCCAGUCAAAAGAGUAUGGCUGAUGAGAGUGACUAUAAUACAUCUGAUGAGGAAGCCGAGCAGGAUUCAAGUUUGGACAUAGAUCACAUGGACUUCUUGAGUGGUACACAGGAGAGCACCAGCAACGAUAAUGAACCAAAAUCAAAGAACAGAGGCUUUUCAUGCCUUCAUCCUGUGCCUGCGGAAUAUCCCAACAAAGAACUGGUUGAAAUUUUUCAUCGCAUGCAGCACUUUCGAGAACUCGAUGGGGACGUGUUCAACGCCAAAGCUUACCGCGCUGCCGUGGUAGCCUUGAAAUUCUAUCCAGAGCCAUUGACUCAUAUCCGCCAAAUUCGCGAUAUACGCGGUAUAGGUGACAAAAUAGGGAGAAUGAUACAAGAUUACAUUCGAGACGGCAAAAUUUUAGAUCACGAGGAAUUGGAGCGCAGUCCACGACAUGCCGUUUUGGACAUGUUUUACAAUGUUUAUGGUGUAGGACAUGAGGUUGCUCUUCAAUGGUACAGGACAGGACACCGCUCGCUGGAAGAUGUCAUUAAACAUGAAAGACUGACGUCGGCACAGAAAGUAGGAAUUGAGUUCUAUCGUGAAUUCUUGGAAAAGAUGUCUAGAGAUGACGUGGAACAGUUGGUAGCGACGCUUAUGAAACAAGUCAAUUCCAUAGCUGACGGAUUUCAGUACACGAUAUGUGGCAGUUAUCGGCGAAAGUGCACAGCCAUGGGCGAUGUCGACAUCCUUAUUACACACGAAAACGAGCAACGUACCUUUGGCCUUCUCUCUAAAUUACUGGAUCUAUUGCGAUCCAAAGGUCUGGUGACGCACAUUCUAAGUGCUAGCGUGCACAACUCAAGAUUACUUCAUGCAGAUAUCACGCAAAAUCGCACUGAUCAAGCGCUGGUCGUUUGGCAGCAGCCUGGACAGAACAUUCAUCGUCGACUGGACGUCAUUGUCACGCCACCGCAUCAGUACUAUCCUGCCAUACUUGCCUGGACUGGCUCCAAACACUUUGAACAAUCCUUACGCCUCUACUGCAAGAAAAAGACAUCGUACAAAGUCAACCAUCACGGCAUAUUCGAACGAUCCACUGGAAAAAUGGUUCGCGUAAACAGCGAGCGUCAUGCAUUCGAUAUUUUAGGUCUGCCGUACCUGGAUCCUGACCAGAGAAAUUUUUAAUAUUUGGAAGAAGAAUGAAUUAAUUUUUUGAGUUAAAAGUAGUUGAAACGGAAGUUGCUAGCCAGAAUAAAUAAAUUAUAGCGAAACAUUUGAAAGCAA